ACGUGGGAAAGUUUGGGUCGAGAGAAGGCGGCCCUCCCUCCAUAAGUAGGUCUGCGUACACCCAAGACAAAUAACUGAGGGUCAGAACAAGCAUGAGUCAGCAGGAACAAGGACUUCAGUGUGUGAAAUAAUUCGUUCCUGUUUUGUGGGAUAUGGAGUCCUAGAGCUGAGUGGUGUAGAGGUGUUUAUGGGACGUUUGCCUUACAGCACAUGGGCAUUUAAAUAAAGAAGAGUCUUUCCAGCGCAGGGAAGCAGUGGCAAUGGAGGAACUGGGGAGCGAGAUUCUCAGGGUGAGAAGACAAGUGGGGGAAGGCAGGUGCCCCAACACACCUCAGGGGUCAGGCAGUUCUGGGGCUGCCCCUGCCUUGUGCUCCCAGCCUGGCACACGAGGAAAUGCUCUGUCUGUGAGCCUCAGGGUCUUGAGUAAAAGUUCCAUUACCUCACACAGCUGGGGGAAAAACAGAAGGAAACAGAUGAGGGUGCAAACUUCGAGUUGCAAAGACCAGGCCUUCUGAGUCUUGCAUCAGCAUCAACAGGUGUCACCGUGAUCACAUCUGUCUGUCACAGGACUUGCAAAAGAAAAAACAAAAAGACAAAAGCUAUGCCCAUGUAUGAAAAAUGGCAUGUAUGAAAAACACCAUGGAGGUGUCAGUCCUGAGCAUUUGAAAGCAAGUCAGCCAUCCAAAAUCAUCCAAAAUCAUCCAAAAUCAAGGAUUAAUCCUAAAAUAAUGAUACUGAAAACGCCUCUUGAAAAAAGGCUAACACUGCCUGUGGAUGUUUUUCCAAUAGUAACUGGAUGUCUUUAUUAGCUGCUGCCAGGCUACAGCCAGACAAGCCAUCUGCUGCCCAGGAAACUACAUACUUGUCAACAGGUGCUUUUAUUAGGUGUCUUUCUGGGAUCUGAUUUAAGAACAUUAAGCUGUGAAGCUGAGUUCUCCAGGACCGCAGCCCUUCCCUGAAGAGGUACAAGUAAAAACACUCAGUUUUCAAGGCUUCCUGACCGAUUUGUGCCUGGGUUAUCAGCAAAGCAUUGCACUGUAAUGGUGUCUUGGCUACAUAAGAGGUGUGAGUACUUAUUGCAUGCUCGAAACAAACAGAAACUUCUCUGUGACACUGCUAAUGACUGUUUGCUGGAUCCUCCGGGACGGUGGAUGGCCAGGAGCGAAUUCCAUGGACUUGCUGCAUUUCCACGUGCACCACGACUGCAGCAGCUCCUCGCUGUAGUGGAACCGACGUCCUUCGCAUUGUUUGUUCACUCUGUGCUGUCAAACAGGACAUACGUGGGACCUUAUCGUACCGUUUUGGCAGGCUGUCCGCCAGUUAGUGCCGACAGACACCCAUUUAUCAGCCGCGUCUCUGAGACAAACCGGCCGACCGGGCUUUCGAGAGUAACAGUCCAAACGGUGCCGGCGUGGUCCGUGCGUUACGAAUUGAAGUCGGGCAUCCGCUCAGCGCUCGACGCACCGCCAGGCCCGCAGGCAGCGCCGGCUGGAGGCCGGGCGGCGACGGGGCACGGCGUGAGAACCUGCUCGGGGCUCGCUUUGCCCCCGCACGGUGGCGGGUGCGGGCAGCAGAGGGGUCACGGCGAGGGACAGCCGAAAUCCCACCCCGGCCCUCUGUCGCCUGAAGGGCGCCCGCCGGGCACCGCCCGCGAGCCGCGCCACGCCGCCGGGGCCGUGUCACGGCAGCGCCAUGUUCCGCGCAUCCCUGGCGGGACGGAAACAGGAAACCUCCUGGAAGCGCGAGCCCGCAGCCCCGGGGCAGCGCUCGCCUCCGGGUUUAUACAGCACGGGAGAUGCGGUGUCACGAGCCCGUCCGCGGCUCCUCUCGGGAAAGGCCCCGUAGGGAGCAGCAGUGCGGGACGGGCUCCGGGAGGCGAGCCGCUCCGCUCCGCCGCUGGCUUUCAGGCAGCACUCGGGGGGCACCGCCGCGGCGCGAGCCCGCUCCGCCAGGGUCCGAGUAGAUCGCGGCGCAGCCCCGAGCCCGGGGGCGGGCGCCUCGCCGGGCGGAGCGCUCGAGCCGCGCCGAGCGGACAAAGCCCGCCGCGGGCAGCAGGGCGGGCGCGAGGCGAAGCUUCGGAGCGCAGGCGGCGGGAGCCCCGAGCCCUGAGGCGGCCGCCGCUCGCCCCUCGCCCGGCCCAGGGCAGCGCGGGGCCGUAG